AUGAGUGAAUCCUUCAUCAAUCCCUACUAUCUCCAUCAUGGAGAUAGCCCGGGAUCUGUUCUGGUUUCUCUUCCAUUGGACGGAGACAAUUACCAUACAUGGAGUCGAUCUAUGAUCAUCGCGCUCACGACCAAAAAUAAGCUUGGAUUCGUCGAUGGAUCCAUUGCCAAACCAGCUCCUAGUGCAUCAACAUAUCUACCAUGGAUUCGGUGCAAUACAAUGGUAUUAUCUUGGAUUAUAAAUUCAGUUUCCAAGGAUAUUGCCGCAAGUGUUAUCUACCUUAACACUGCAGAAGAGAUUUGGCUUGAUCUGAAAGAGAGAUUUUCUCAGAAAAAUGGACCAAGGAUUUAUCAAAUCCAGAAGUCCAUUUCCACUUUGUCUCAAGAAAACCUAAGUGUAAGUGCUUAUUACACCAAGCUGAAAGCUCUGUGGGAAGAGCUUAACAAUUACCGUCCGAUUUCUGCUUGUUCAUGUGGCGCGCAAACAUUUGCUCUUGAAUAUUUUCAACAGGAGUCCAUUUUUCAAUUUUUUAUGGGGCUUAAUGACAGUUAUGCGCAUAUCUGA